GUGUGUGUUAUUGGCAACCAGGCAUCCAUCAAUGAUAGUCAGAUGUAAUUUCAACGAAAAAAAAAAUCAAUUAAACAAGUGCUUCCAUCAUCAUAUAUAAAUAAAUCAUUCAACAAUGAAUAUUAUCCAUUAUAAUUCUGUAACAUCAUACAACUGUAUCAUUGCACGGGCUAGCCUGGUUGCAAUCAUUUUUAUAUUGCUGCAAUUGAUUAUGAUAAUCACUGCACAAUCAUCCAUGUUGACAAAUCGUAAAAAGCCAAUUAGUAAUUCGACAAUCAAAUCACCUGGUGGCAAUCUAGUAUUGGCCAAUAAACAAGCAGCACCAAAAUUUAGUUAUGUUGUUUGGGAUGAACAAGGAAUGGUCUGUAUUCUGGCUAAAUUCGAAGCAACAUUGACAAUUACAUUCUAUACACCAAGUGGUGCACAUCAAUUAAUCGAAAAAAUUCCAAUCGAUGCUAAAGCAAAAGGACGUUGCGAUUAUCUAUUGGAUGAGAAACCCGUAUUGGAUGUAUCAUGGAUCGGUGGUUUUACAUUUCGUAUUAUAUUUGAAAAAGUUAAUGAUGGUGAAAAAUGGGGUGUCAAUUCGAUUGAUUUACUGUAUAAUACUGCUGAUUCAUUAUUUCGUGGAUCAGUACAAGGUGGAAAAAAAGUUGCACGUACUAAAGAAGGAUCAUUAGGAAUGUUUACAACCAUGAUGGGUAAAUCAUAUUUCUGUCCAUCACCACCAAUUAUAAAUUUAUAUGUCAAAACGGGUAAACCAAGUGUUGUUGUACGUUUGACCAAUGUACAUUUACAAGCAUUCCAGAUUGAGAUGGGAAAAUUUGCUCCAAUAUCUCGUUGUAGCCAGGUAAGUUUUGGAUCCGGUGUUGCUGCACCAUUAUACGUGAGUUUGGAACAAGAUGAUAGUGUACCAGUUGUUGUUGGUACAUUGACAGUAAUUGUAUCGAUUUUGGUUAUCGUCGGUUAUGCUGUUUAUAAAUCCUGGGUAUUCAAACCGGUAGAUUAUGAUACAAUGAUUUGAAAAUGAAAAAUGCUGCCGAUGCCAAUUUGAUUUCAUUUUUGAACAAAAACCAAUCAUAAAUCUUACAUAUCAUGAUGCAUACAAUCAUCAUCAUUACAUUUAAAAUUAAAAAAAAACAAUCAAUUUAAACAUUUUAAACAAAGUCUUCCAAAAACAAACCAAACCAAUCAAUCAACCAAGUCUUCCAUUUGACAAUUACAAAACUUAUAUAUCUUAUCUUCUAUAUCCAAUCUGUUUGUCUUCCAUCAAAAAAACAACAACAACAAAAUUCAAACUUAUUUGUUAUUUUAAUGAAUGAAUCAAUGAUUUUUUUUUUCUUGAUUGAUUCAUUCAAAUUUUAGAAUUUACAAUUUCAAUUCAUUCAAAAUUGUUUAUUAUUGAUUUGAGAUAGUUGAUGAAUCUUAUAUAUGCUA